AUGCAACAAAAUAAGAGUGUAACUGAGUUCAUACUAUUAGGUUUGACACAGGAUCCUCUGAGACAGAAAAUGCUGUUCUUCAUUUUCUUAAUCUUCUACACUGGAACUGUGGUGGGGAAUUUGCUCAUUAUUGUGACCAUUAAGUUUAGCCAGUCUCUUGGGAGUCCCAUGUACUUCUUCCUAUUUUAUUUGUCCAUUGCAGAUACCUGCUUUUCAACAUCCACAGUCCCGAGACUACUUUUCGAUAUUAUCUCCGCAAAGAAAGGCAUAUCAUACAGUGAGUGCAUAACACAAGUCUUUGUUCUACAUUUAUUUGGCUGCAUGGAGAUCUUUGUCCUCAUCCUCAUGGCUGUUGAUCGCUAUGUGGCCAUCUGUAAGCCCUUGCAUUACCUGACCGUUAUGAGACGACAGAUCUGCAUCAUCUUGAUUAUUCUUGCCUGGAUAGGGUCUUUUAUGCAUUCUAUAGCUCAGAUUAUCCUGGCCUUACAACUGCCCUUCUGUGGAAAUAAUUUGAUUGAUCAUUAUUGCUGUGAUUUGCAGCCUUUAUUAAAACUUGCUUGCAUGGACACUUACGUGAUCAACCUGUUAGUAGUGUUCAACAGUGGGGCCAUUUGCUCAACCAGUUUCUUCAUUCUGAUGAUCUCAUAUGUGGUCAUCUUGUAUUCCCUUAGAAACCACAGUGCAGAAGGGAGGAAAAAAGCCCUUUCCACUUGCACUUCCCACAUCAUCGUAGUGGUCUUAUUCUUUGGUCCAUGUAUAUUCAUAUAUACACGUCCACCUACCACUUUCCCCAUGGACAAGAUGGUGGCAGUAUUUUAUACCAUAGGGACACCCUUUCUCAACCCACUCAUCUACACACUAAGGAAUACAGAAGUGAAAAAUGCUAUGAGAAAGUUAAGGAGUUUCAAAAUUACCUCAGAAAGCAAAUAAUGAAUUGGGGACUUGA